UAGACUGCUGCUACGAGCAGGACCGCCUUUUUAAAUGUUUCAGUUUUUCAAGCGACUGUAAUAAAUAUUACGAUUUCCAAAUCGUUACCCUUCUUUCCAACUUCAGCCAACACAAACAUUUCCUUCUCUGAUCUCUCUCUCUCCCUCUCUCUAUCACGCUCUCUCUUUUCUGGAGAUGGCAGAAGAGAAGGAAGUCUAUUCUCCUCUUCUCUCUCCUUCUUCUCCUUCCCUGCAUCACGAAGAAGAGAGAGAGGUGCAGCAGGGAUGCCGGACAAGAGGGGAGGCGACGCUGCAGGAGGCGAAGCGGCUGCUAUGGUUGGCAGGGCCGCUUAUAGCGGCGAACCUCCUGCAGAGAUGCAUCCAGAUGACCUCCGUCAUGUUCGUCGGCCAUCUCGGCCAGCUUGCUCUCUCCGGUGCCUCCAUGGCCACCUCCUUCAUCACCGUCACCGGUUUCAGCGUUGUCUUGGGGCUGGCCACUGCAUUGGAUACUCUGUGCGGGCAAGCUUAUGGAGCAAAACAGUACCAUAUGCUUGGUGUAUAUAUGCAGAGAUCAGUGUUUAUUCUUUCCAUUGUCAGCAUUCCCCUUGCAUUUCUCUGGGCAUAUACAGAGAAGAUCCUGUUGGCAUUUGGUCAGGACGAUGACAUAUCAAGGGAGGCAGGAACCUAUGCUAGAUGGAUGAUCCCAACUCUCUUCUCUUAUGGCAUACUGCAGAGUGAAGUCAGGUUCCUGCAAACCCAGAACAUUGUCUUGCCAAUGAUGCUGAGCACAGGAUUGUGUGCACUUCUGCAUUUUUUAGUCUGCUGGGCUCUUGUCUUCAAGUCCGGGCUCGGUUACAGAGGCGCUGCUCUUGCAAAUUCAAUUUCUUAUUGGAUCAACGUGCUGCUUCUGGCUCUGUAUAUCAAAUUUUCUUCUGCCUGCAACAAGUCAUGGACGGGUUUCUCGAGGCGUGCUGUGAGGGAUGUCACCAACUUCAUAAAGCUGGCAGCUCCUUCAGCUGUUAUGGCAUGCUUUGAGUGGUGGUCAUUUGAGGUAUUGACACUCUUGGCUGGACUUCUCCCCAACCCGAAGGUGGAAACUUCAGUGUUAGCGAUAAUCCUUAAUACAAGCUCAACUGCAUUUAUGGUCCCCCUCGGCCUUGCAAGUGCAGUAAGCACCAGAGUUGCAAAUGAGCUUGGAGCUGGAAGGCCUCAAGCUGCACGGAUGGCAGUUCGCAUUGUUCUUUUACUGGUCAUCGUACAGGCUACGCUUGUCUCCAUGACCAUAAUUUUCAUACGAGGCGUAUGGGGCUAUGCAUUCAGCAAUGAUAAAGAAGUUGCAGCAUAUGUAGCAGAUAUCAUGCCGCUUCUUGCACUGACAGCCUUUGUGGAUGCAAUUGGAUGUGUGCUUUCAGGUGUGGCAAGAGGAUGUGGUUGGCAGAAGUACGGUGCUGUAAUCAAUCUUGGAGCUUAUUACAUCGUGGGUGUUCCUUUGGCUGUUGUUCUUGCCUUUGUCUUACAUUCUGGUGGGAAGGGGCUCUGGUUUGGGGUUACAUGCGCAAUCUUUGUACAGAUGGGUUCAUUCCUAGCCCUCACAAUUUUCACCAACUGGGAAGAAGAAGCAAAGAAGGCAAGGGAUCAGGUCUACAUUUCAACUUUGAGGACAGAUGGGGCUAUGUAAAACAGUAAAAGCAAUUCAAUAUGCAUAUCUACUUGUCGACACCAACAUCAAAAGAGUGCACGGCGAGGGCGGCUUACUUUUUCUCUGCAUCAAGAGGACUGACAUGUAACUCUGCCAUCCUGACAGCUGCAAACUUUUUCACCUCAUCACUUCCAAGAAGUAUUUCUCACCCUUUGAGUUGAAUGGGGCCAACAAGUGCCAAUUUCAAUUUUUUUCGUUUUUCUUUUUUGGCUUGGUACUCUAUAAACAUGUAACUGUAGCAAUUUUUCCCUAGUGUAAGUGAAACAGUGCUUCUUUUGGAGCUUAUCUGAAGUUCGCACUGCAACUUGGUAUGUUUUUUCUCUGGCAUAAAUCUAUCCAUACAAAAGGCGCAUGAUUGAUCAUGUUCCUCUAUG